UACCCCCCUCCUGCACCCCGUUGCUCCGCCCCACCCCUGCCCCACGCCCCCAGGACGUGUGGUUAAAUCCCCCCACCUUGCUGAGCUCGCACCUGCUCCUCGCCCCAGAGGGCACCAUGCCUGUCAGACGUCUCUGCUCGCUGUCGGUAGCCCUCCUCCUUGGGCUGCUGCUGCCCAGCCUCCUCCAGGCCGCAGAUGCAGGAGCAGAGAAACCUGGCCUGUGCCCCCGGCCCCAGGCGGACCUGAACUGCACACACAACAACGAGUGCCAGUCCGAUGGCGACUGCGAGAGGAACCUCAAGUGCUGCCAGAGCGGCUGCGGCUCGGUCUGCACGGUGCCCAACGAAAAGCCGGGUACUUGCCCCAGUGUGGACUUACCCCAGCUUGGCAUCUGUGAGGACCAGUGCCAAGAGGACAGCCAGUGCAGUGGCGUGAUGAAAUGCUGCCGCAAUGGCUGUGGAAAGGUGUCCUGCGUCACACCCAACUUCUAAGCUCCAGCCACAACCAGCCUGUGGAGCAGCAAAAGCCAGUUUGGGCCUGGCCUGGCUCCACUGCAGCGACCCUCCUUCCUUCCUGGAUCCUGAGUUCUGCCCGGAGCUGACUACAGCUUCUCCCUUCCCCAACCAAUAAAAUGACAGCUUUCAGCA